ACUGCAAAUUGUCGCCUUCCUUCCUUCCUUGCACACUGCGACUUCUCAACUAAUUUUGGACCACCGUGAACAGCUCCAUUGAAUUUCUUUAUUGCGAGACUCGUCUCAAGCAAUCACAUCAUGAGUCGCCAGAUCGUCGUUGCAUCAUGCUCGCUUGCUCAGUGGGCUCUAGAUUGGGAGGGCAACUCUAUCCGUAUCAAGCAGAGCAUCCGUGAAGCGAAAGCCAAGGGUGCUACGUUGCGCGCCGGUCCAGAAUUGGAAGUUUGUGGAUACGGCUGUCAUGAUCACUUCUACGAAGACGAACUAUACGCCAAUUGCUGGGAAGUAUUCACCGGCGUCCUCAAGGACGAGUGUUGUGACAACAUGCUUGUGGACAUCGGUAUGCCAAUCAUGCAUCACAACUUUCGAUACAUCUGCAGAGUGGUAGCAUACAACGGUAGAAUUGUUUCAAUACAUCCUAAAACAACUUUGAGGAUUGACGGCAAUUAUAAUGAGUCGAGAUGGUUCACUGCGUGGGAUCCUGCUGUUCCACUCGAAGCAUUCCCCCUACCAGACUUCAUUGCGGACAUGCAGGGCACCAGAGUGGUGCCCUUCGGCAGUGCUCUACUCUCCACCUUAGGUGCGUGUAUUGGCGCCAUUACAUCCGACGAGUUGAUUGGGCUCAAGAACUUGCUUCCAACAGCGUUGAGUUCGACAAGCGCUGAUGUCUUGACGGUUUCUGCAGCCAAUCACUUCAGUGUUGGAAACUUUGACUCCAUAGUUGCUUCGCUGCAAGGUAUCAGCAAAGACAUUGGAGGUGUCAUUCUAUACUCAAACCAGCAUGGCUGCGACGGUGAUCAGACCUACUACGACGGCGGCCCGAUGAUUCUAGUCAACGGAGAAAUAGUUUCUCAGGGCCCAAGGUUUUCGGUCCACGAUGUCGAGCUGGUAACAGCUGUUGUCGAUCUGGAAGAGGUUCAAUCGUAUCGGGCGAAACAAGCAGUCUCGGAGCCGCUUGAUGAUCUAACUGCGCCUCGUGUAGACGUGGCAUGCAGUUUGUAUCGUCCUGAGCUUGUCGCCCUCAACCCAGCCCACCAUCACCCUAUUGCUGGGAGCCCAAUCAUCCACACUCUGGAAGAAGAGAUCGCCAUGGGACCAGCCUGUUAUCUUUGGCAUUACCUCCGCCGCAGCAAAUGUGUCGGCUUUCUAGCGCCACUCAGCGGCGGUAUUGACUCGUGCUCGACAUCUGUGAUGGUUUUGAGUAUGUGUUACCUGGUUUUCGACGCGCUUCAAGACGGAAACGAGGUCGCAUCAGACAUCCAGCGCAUCACGGGAUCAAGCGACUGGCGGCCCAAGAGCCCUCAAGAGCUCUGCAACCGCAUUUUGCACACAGUAUACAUGGGCAUGUCAGAAUGCUCGUCUGAAGAGACACGUUCACGAGCUCAGCGUCUCGCAGAAGGCAUGGGCGCCCACCACAUCAGCAUGUCCAUCGACACGGUCUAUCGAGCUGAACGAGAUCUUCUUCCCCAGUACACAGGCUUCACCCCCGAUUUCCGAGGCUCCUCAGCCGAGAACCUCGCACUCCAGAACCUGCAAGCACGUAUCCGCUCAACUACAGCGUACUACCUCGCCCGUACCCUCCCCAAUAUACGCGGCCGCCCCGGCGGAGGCGGCCUCCUCGUCCUGAGCUCCGUCAACGUGGAAGAGUCCCUCAGGGGCAACUUGACAAAGCACGAUUGCAGCUCAGCAGACCUCAGCCCCAUCGGAAGCAUCUCCAAAAUCCAGCUCCGAUCCUUCAUCCGCUGGGCGCGCACCGCUUUCACACUGCCAAUAUUAGACGAGUUCCUCGACGCCACCCCUCGUGCUGAACUCGAACCCGCUAGCUUCGGUUCAUGCGACGACAAAGAAAACGGUAUGACGCACCAAGAGCUUUUCGUAUUCGCCAAGCUCCGAAGUGAAGAGCGGCUGGGGCCAUUCGACAUGUUCCAACGUCUGCUCAGUGAUUGGCAGGAUAUGAAGAGUGCGAGGGAAGUGGGCGAUUUGGUCAAGCGGUUCUGGACUUUCUAUGGUAACAACAGGCAUAAGAUGGCGGCGGUGACGCCAGCGAUUCAUGCGGCAGGAUAUAAUCCUGAUAACAGGUUUGAUCAGAGACCCAUGUUGUAUCCGCGGUUCGAACAUAGUUGGGCAUUCAAGAGGAUUGAUGGGGUGGUUGAUGAGCUGCAGCGUAGAGUCAAGAUGGAAGAAGAUGAGGAAAUACGCUUUGAGGAAGUGGGUUUUGGAGACGAACCGCGCGUAAAGGCAAGGCUGUAGACAUGGACUCUAGAUGAAGGGAUUUAAUUAGAUGGGAAUGGU